GGUUUGUGGUUGUACGUAUUUACAAUAGUUUACACAAAAAUUGUUUACUUUAACGCCUGGCAUGAAUGAAAAAGUCAUCUUUUUGUGAGAAGAGUUCGGAAUAUCUGAAGAUUAUGUAACUUCGUCCUUCAAGUUUGGUAUUAUGUGUUGUUAUGAAAAUGUAUCGAUUUUAGCGGCACUCGAAAUGUGGGCCGCUUAGUGUGUCUAGGUCAGUCGUGUUUUUAAGCGGGUGCAAGUAUUGAGAUAAAAAUCAUGUACACAAACUCGUGUGUUUAUAUUUGUCCCAGCCAGUGAUUUUAUUUUGUGAAUGACAAAGCCGUAUUAAGUUUUCAUUCAUAAUAUUUCGGUAUUUUGUAUGUUGCGUGACUUUUACUGCGUUUUUUGAAUUUACUAUUGUGUCAAUGUUUUGAGAAGAUGUUUGGAGUGUUAAUGAAACGUUGGAAACCAAAGAGAGGAUCAAACAAUGAAAGAAACGAAAGUCCUGGAACCGACGAUGGCAGUGUCUCCCCAGAGCCACCUGACCGACCGCCCGGGAAAGUGCGACAAAUCCACCCUGAAGACAAAGCACAAUUUCUUGCUUACGAUUCGACUUACCGCAAAAAACCAAAGCCGAAAUCUCUUCCUCUAGAAGACAAUCAGAUGUACAGCCAUUUAGCCAAUACGAAUGUAGCAAUGUCGCCCAUGUAUCCUCUAACACCGAAUAUUUGCGUGGAAGGAGGGAAGAUUGAAUUUAUAAAAUCGCCACCGGGGAGCGCUAGGAGCAGCGUGGCGCUAGUGUCGCCACCGCAAACACCCGUUGUUGUGCGGCGCGCCUCUCGCGAGAAAGUUCGGUGCAGCGAUGAACAAGUCGAGAAGUUCGACGGUGAUAAGGAACUUCUGGAGAAACGAAUAAAGCAGUUAGAGGCUCAGUUGGAAGAGGAAAAGCGUCGCACGCAGCGUGAACGUAUGACCGUCACUAAAUUGCAGAACAAAUUAAUCAAGCGUGAGGGAGCGGCGCGCAGCGAUGCGGAGCGCGAGAGGCGCGCGCGCGGCGACUGGGAGGCGCGGGCGCGCGGCGCCGAGGAAGAUGCGGCGCGGCUCGCCGGCAAGCUGCACGCCGCACAACGAGAGAUCGCCAGAAUGGAGGAGACAGUUCGAUCUCUGCUUCAAUACAAGAGCCGCGUGGAAAUUCUGAAGCAAGAGAAAGCAUCUUUGUCAUCAGCUCUAGAGACGUCAGCGGCACAGUACCAGGGCCAGGUGGCAGCACUGAGCGCGGAGAACGAGCGGCUGCGGCGCCAGCUGAGUGCACUGGCCGCGCCGGAGCCUGCGCUCGGUGAACACGAGCGCCGGCUGGACGAUGUCGCUCAGCAAGUCGUGCGGGCGCUUCUCUCACAAAAGAACGUUCGAGAAGAGUUGUGCUGCGCGAGGGCUCGUGUGCGAGAUUUGGAGGCGCAGAACCGUGCGCUGAGCGGCCUACUGGUGCGCCAGUUGCGCCCGCAGCCUCGGCCCUCGCCCGCCUCGCCGCACACCCCGCACACGCCCCACACGCCGCACACGCACACCACGCUCACGCCAAGGGACUUACAAGUGCAUGUUGUCGAAGUGGGGUCGUGUGGCUCGCUGGUGUCGUUCCGCGACUCCCCCCCGCCGCCCGUCGCACACCCGCAUCCCCACGCCCUCAGUCACGACGACAAGCGCCGCCACCAGAUCCUCGCCGACAUCUGGACCGAGCUCAAAGGGCUGGAGGUCAGUCCUGGAAACUUGGCUCGCGCGCUGGCGGCUGUAGAGCCCGCCCUGUGGGCGCCGCCUACGCGCCCCGCCACCCUCAGCCUCAACAUGCCGCAACCAUGCACCAAUCCUAUCAACGGUGGUUGCGAGGAAAAAGCCACAGAAGAAGAAAGCGGCGAAGCGGGUGAAGUGGGGGCGGAGUCUCCCGAGAGCGGCGCCAAAGACGAAGGCUACUCAACCAUGUCCAGCGACGUGCAGGCGGACGCCUCGCGCCAAAGCGACCACGCGCCCGACCGCGCGCUGCCCGACCUCAACGAGGCCUCCGACGAGACCGACAACCAGACCAUAGUCUCCAUAAAUCCGCGGGAAUCACGACGCCACGCGCGCCUCCUGGCCGACGCAGACUAUAUAUAUUUCCCGCUGGGUGUCACCUUCGCCGGAGUCAGAGGCAGCUACCCACCUUCGCGACCCGUCCUUCCUUUCCAGCAUGUCGUGAGGAGCUUCUCUGACUCCCAUCUCUGCCUAAAACUAAUAGCGGGAACGACAUGCCCCACCAGUUGUCUAGAUACCCCCACGCCCAGCUCGGGCGUUCUAGUAUUAGAUCUCAAACCUGCACCGGAAAGACCUUUGAGAAGACCGGCGAUAGCUUCAACGACGAGUUCGGAGAGAGUCUCAUGGGGCAGCACGGUGGACGAGCGAGCUGAUGGUUCACAAUACGAUGCGGACUACGUGCAGCAUUGGCUGGAGCUGGACGACGCCAGGUCAGCGCUGCAGCAGAGGCAUCGGGACCUGGCCGAGUUGGAAUACGAUAGAGCCGAGUUAGAAGACUGGAGCUUGUCGUUGUCGUGCGAAGAUCUCAGAGAUAGACAAUCUCCUUUUGCCGAAAUUACGACACCUGGUCAAAUAUCACUUUCAACGCUACCGAGUAUUAGAGAAGAUGAUGGGUUAGAGCUAGAGGAAGACGUGGGAGACUGCUUAUGGAACGAUUGCGGAUUCGCGACUGUGGAAAUAGAUGAAUGUAAGAUGACGGAUGCGGACAACGCGGAGAAGCGCUGGGAGUGUUCCGGAACACAUUCCCCGGGAGGAUCCUGGUCCAGUGCUUCGGAUGCUCCGGAAAAACGAUCCAGUACGGCGUUGAGUGAGGACGGCGAUUGCACAAAUAUUGGUGUCGAUUUUACUAGAGACUUCUACCGUCUUGUUAAAUACGAAAGCACAAAAAGUCUAGCAUCGAACUCAUCGAGAGGUAUUCCGUCUCAAGACCCGAGCAAUCAUCUGCGAAUACACGACGUGCAAGCUAUGGCACUGCAGGAUCGCGAACAAGCGUUGCAAAAUGUACUGCACUUUAUAGCGGAACAGCAAAAGUAUUGUCGCGACAGGGAGGAAUCGGAUUCGAUGUCGUCUAGGCCCGUAUCGGAGAUUCGCGAAUUACCACCGCCAUAUGCUUCGGCGGAUUACGACGACGACUCCGUGGGCCCCCGCAGCGAGGUGUCGGAGGACAGGCUCCGUCCAGAUUCUUUCGGUAGUUUCUCAGAGAACGAUUCCAGCGAAAUAAUUUCUAGUGAAAGACCAAAAGUAGCGUUCUGUGACGUCGUUUCCGAAACAAAGUGUACGCCGAGAUUCAUCGAACGGGAAGAUCCCUAUGUCGAGUCUCAGGAUUACUUCGAUGAUUUCUCUCAAGUGGAAAACGCCGAAAACGAAAUGGAUGACCAUCAUCUACUAAAGGUUCAAAUUAAGAAUGAAAUAAACAAAUGCAUCGAUACGAGCAACUCGUCCGAUUUGAAUCAGCCCCUAGCACAAAAAGAGGAGAAAACUUGUGAUAUCGAAUCUAGUCGUAAUGUAGACCACAAUUCGGCGUUGAAAGAAAAUACAGUAAAUAUAAUGUCGAAUAAAGUUACACUGUGCGAGAGAGAAGUGGAAACUUGUUUAAGCAAAUCUCCUAGUUUUCCGUUGGCGAGCGGAGAAACGGAGAUGUCGUUAGUGGAGGAGGUGCUUAGUGCGUGUAGACGGAGCACCGGCUUGCUGGUCCCCGUGCCCGAGGAGGAGGAGGGCUCCUCGCCCGAGAACGGUUCGCCGCAGAUGACCGAGUCGAACACGACGAGCACGUCCACCGCUGAAACUGUGAUAGUAAGUAAUAGGACCGACGGCAUCCAGAGGGAGAUCCGACCACGGGCGGAUAGAAGUCGCAUCCCCACUUUCCUCGGGGGCAAAAGGCCGCCGUCUUCGCCGCACAGGACGAGGUCGAAGAUCCCCGUCGCGGAAAGAAGUCGGGCGAUCGCGGCGGUAGCCCCCACGCCCGAACCGAUCAUCGUCAAGCAGGAGCACACGCUCAGCUUUCACGAGGCUGCCACCUCGAAGGAUGUCAUCGACGAACUUAACAGAAUGAUCCGGCAGAGCGAAGGACAGCCGGCGGCCAGGGGCAGCGGAGAGGAGAGUGGGGAGAGCGGAGAGAGCGGAGAGUCUGGGGAGAGUGGGGAGGGCGCGGAGGGCGGCAGGGACGGCGCGCUGUGGGCGCCCACCGGCUGGGUACACGUGGAGAAAGACAUAGACUUCAGUGACCCUAAGGCUCGGGCGAAUCUCUUGGACGUGAUGUUGGCGUCGAGCGACUCGUCACCGUCGUCGUGCGGCUCGUCGCCGGCGGAGGCGCCCGCCGCCGCCGCGCCCGCCGCCGCCGCCGCGCCCGCCGCGCCCUACUCCCGCCUGCACAGGCUGCACCGCUCGCGCAGACAAAAAACUGCGGCGGCGCUGCGCGUGCGGCUGGCCGUGCUGCGCCCGCCGCGCCGCCGCCGCCCCUCCGUGCUGGGCCGCGACGGCUUCUUCGUGCGAUACGGCGACCGAGAGCGCGCCGCCGUCGCCGCCUUCGACUUCCUCGACGACCUCUCCGGCUCCGGCGGCUCCUCCCCGGACACCAAAGACUGUACCUAAAUUAUCUAGCAAUAAACUCCUCCCAAAUAAACUAUAUUUUUUUAUUGUGAUACGGACGCGACCGCUUUCUCUCCGCACGGACAAGCCCCCGUGCCGUCAUUGACGCUUGUGAGACGGUUAGCCCAAUAGUUUUUACUUAGUGUAGCGUUUUGUAACCGUAAGCCGGGUCUGUUCGGCUGCAGCUUUUCCAACGGCCUCGUGUAACCUUUUCGAGUUAGUUUAGGUGUCGUAGUUGUUUCGAUUUGUACUAUUCGCUAUAAUGAGCACCUAGGCUGUAACGUUCUUUCUAGAUUCCAUUUAGUAGCUUGGGAGAUGAGUAGGGAACGUUACGAGGGCGUCGUAUUUUAUAAAAGGAUUGUCGCUGUUCCUUUGCAUUCUGAAUCUCGAACCUAAAGCCUUGCACUUUGUACCACCUCUUGUACUGUCGGGAUGUACCAUACCUAUACUUUGCGCUUUCUAUAUCCAAAGUGAUGGUAUACCCAACGUAAUCCGGUCGACUGCUUGCUGCGAUGUCUUACGCUUCGAACCAAUAAAAGUGUGUUAGGUAAGAAGACGUAAUAAGUAAUGACUAAGUAAUUGAAAGCUGCGGCCUCGAAGUAAUGUGAUAUUUUUGUAUAUACUGUAAGUCCCACUUAUUUUCGUAUACAUUUAAAUGGAUUCCUUUCUAACAGAAUGAAGUAACUGAUGGUCCUAGAGUGAAAAGUGUUUGAGUUUUGUGUAAGCCCGGUCGUGCGACGAGACGAGUCACGCGACCGGAUCGCAGAUUGUAAUGUUAAGUACUUAUGUAAAUAUGGACGAUUAACAUUUGUGUAACUACAUUUAAUUAUUUAGUCGUAAUCUAAAACCUUAUAAAAUCCAUUAAAUUGAAGGGUACUAAAAUAUGAUAAGUGUAUAUAUGUUAUGACGUCAUCGAAUGCUAUUUAUUGAUUUGUAUCUGUUGCGAUUCUUCGACCAUUUUGUGUAUACUUAGGUACAUAUCAUCGUCUUAUGUUAUUUGUAGGGUUUAUAUUUUCUCGCUUUAAGUAACGACUACACCUUCCAUUGACUGAAGUAAUUUCUGUUAUAUUUUAAAAGAUAAUUCGAAAUAACAUUACAUUGUAUACUUUAUUAUAAUUUUACCAAUCAGUUAAUCUUUGUUUUAAUUUUAAGUCGUUACUUGCAGCGAGAAACUGUCUUAUAUAGUUUGCAUAUUGUAAUUCCAUUUAUUAUGGUUAUGAACCUUAAGUAGUUUUUGUGGCUUGUAACAUUGUAUAGAUUUUAUUAACGGCGGAACCAAAGCAUAACACAACUUUGCCACCACUUGUUACGAUGCAACACAUUUAAUUUAACGAUAUAUUUUGGAAAACAUUUCUUUUUAUCCAGCUUUGUUUAAUGGUAACAAUGAGGACAAUAAAGGAAGAUUUUUACAUAAUAAUUAAUAAUAAACGAAACGACUCGAUCGAUAUCUAAAAUAUAUUACUUAUAGACGACAUAUUACAGCGAUUUAUAUUUAAAUUGUGUAACCGCGUCCUUUACGUUCGGAUACACGCAUCUGACAAUGAAAAUAGUUUGUAAAAAGUUUUUUAUCCGAACAUAGACAAAUGUCACAUCUCAUCAUUGCAUCGUAUAUCCGAACGUAUUCAUUAGUUUACGAACAGAUUGUAACUAUUUUUAAAUCACUGUAAUUAACAAUUUUUAUUAAAGAUCGUAAUCGUUCCUAAGAACUAAUCGUUCAUUCCUGUAUUUUAGGCAUUUUGUGCAUUCAUGUAAACCGUUAUUAUUUAAGUACCUCGGUAUGUAAUAAAUUGUAUUCGAUGUAAUUUUAGGGUACUGUGAACGGUAACUACCACUGAGUUUCAAAGCACAAUUGGAAAAUAAAUUUAUAGUAAUAAAAAUGCGUAUUAAUUACCUUUAGUAUUGGGUGCAUUUGUUAGUUGAUGCUACAUAUGCUAACAUAACUUGAGUUAGGUAGGUACUUUGAUCAGUACAAAAUGUAGAAUAACAUUAUAAUUUAAUUAUCUAAUACAGAUGGGUUAAAUAAACGAUUCCGUUCCCAAAUAAU